UUUGUUGUUGCAAAGGAAGUGAGGGAGGAGCAGCAAGGCUAGCUCCCCUUCUCUUCCAUGCUUCCCUCAUCAUGGCUUCUUUCUUCUUUAGCAUCACAUCAUCAUUUGUGACACUAAAGCUCCUGCCUCUUGUGAGCAUUUCUUGAUGCUUCCCAGCUCCCAAAUGGCCAUACAACUCACACUCCUACUCAUUUCAUGUAGCCUUUACAGAAUGUAUUCUUCUUCUUCCUCCUCCUCCUCUGCAUCCUCUUCUUUUUUCUCCACAUCCUCCUCCUCCUCUCUUGCAUUGCUGGUGUUGGUUAUCUCCACUUGCCUCUCCUUGCUCUUCUCCAACCUCAGACAGCUGAUCAGAGCCAGGAGUCACAAAGCUAAGUCUCACCCUUCCAUGGAAGAUGCUGUUCAUCAAGAGGAGAACACUGUGCCACAAGAUGAGUUGGCCGGGGAUGCGCCGGAGGAUUUGACCGGAAGCCUGUCAGAGUCUCCAGUGAGUGAAGAGUGCACCGAGGACGGCUCGCUAUCCGAUGAAGAAGACGGCGACGACGACGAGAGCCUCAUUGAGAUCUCCCUUGUUGAUGGGCACUCUGUGGGGCAAAGGAAGCAAUGUGCAUGGAAGGAGCAGGACCUCCUUGCUGAGUUCUUGCCUGAUUUGCUGCUUGAAAAGAGGGACUUCAUGGACAUCUUGUCAGAGAUCAGUGAGGAAGACAACCUGAUUGAGAUUGACAUUGCAAGAGGAUCCAUCAAGUGUUCAAACUUUGGCAUCAAGGCAUGAAUCUAUCAAAGGUUUGGGUGAAGUUUGAAAUCUUUCUCUGCAUUGCUUCAAAGCUUUGAUCAGUGAAAGGGAGUAGGUUGUACCUGGCCUACAUUGGGUGCAAUGCUUUGUUUUUUUUACAAAGCUUAAUUUUAUUUUGUGAAUCUUCAGUGGAAGCCUUGUCGCGUCUUUUCUCGCGCUUCAUUUCUGAAUAUUAUAGAGGAAAUAACAUUCGUGCACAUAUUUUGAUCAAAGUAAAAAAAAUGUGCGUGUGCAUGGCCCUUCUCUCCGUAUAUAUAUUCUAGAGUUUCAGUAGAUGCUGAUAAUGAUAUCAAUGCUUUGCAUAUGUGUCUACUGAUUCUCUCACUGCAAGGA